CUGGAAGAUUUUUGAUAUGAUGUUUGCAACAAGGGGUGGCUUAAAUGAUGCAUGUUCUUCUGUAGCUAAACAGCUUGAUAAUGUUUACUCCUCCAUUUCGGUUACUGAGAGAGAUAUGUCGUUGAAAAUUCACCGAGUAGAUUGUAAAUAUGAUGUGGUUGCUGAUAAUACAACAGCAACGAAAGAGGAGGUGUCUGUACUGCGAGGUGAUAUGACAUCGAUUAGUUUAGAAAUCGAGGAUGUUACUCGUACAAUUCAGAUGAUGGAUUCUAGGAUUAACAGGAUGGAAGUGAAUCAGGUACUUUUUACUAUGACACUACACCAGAUUCGCUUAUAG